AUUGUCACCUUCCUCCUUAUGCUGGGCCUUGUAAUGGUAAAUUCCAGAGAUAUUUUUACAAUAAAACAAGCAAGCAAUGUGAAAUAUUUACAUAUGGAGGAUGUAAUCAAAAUAAAAAUAGUUUCCACUAUCAAUAUGAUUGUGAAAAUAAAUGUGGAGAAUGUCCUCCAACUUGUACAGCUCAGUUUUGUCUUUUACAUAGAUUUAAUGUUUGUUCAAUGUCACCUUUCCCAGAACCAAAUAAUAAUUGUCCAGGAGGUUGCAGGCUAUCAAGCUGUCAAGCUUAUUAUUAUUCUCCUACAAUUGAACCUCAUCCAAAAGGAGGAGAUUCAUGUACAAAGUGUGAUGGUCAAGAAUUGGAUGUGACAUGUAUGAAGAACUGGGGGACAUGUCUUCGCAUAGCUUAUAUUCAGUCUCCAGAAUAUGAAUAU